AUGAGAUUAAGUGAGGUCAUCUUUUUGCGUCGCAUCAUCAACAGCCCAUAUCAUCCAUUCUACGUCAAAAUUAAACCAGACAUAUGGCAGAGACGUGAACAACUAAGGAGAUUCGUUGCUUGGCAGUAUGGUUUCCAACGAACUACCGUGCGAAGGGGUUUACGGAAAUUGAAUAAAUUAUAUACAUAUCUGAAUAUGCAACGUGAAGACACUCCGAAAUUAGAAAAAUUUUAUGCAGAAGAAAGAGUGAAGGCAGCUUUAGCCGAGUAUCAUUUUGAUUAUGCACCUUUUCGGAAUAUGCUUGCAAAAGCACAUGUCCUGUUAGACAAUGUUGUCAUUUCGCAGCUUGCAGUCUACGAACCAGAAUCCUUCAAGAGUUUGGUUAUGUUGACAAAGCAAAUGGCACUCGAAGAUGGACGUCCAGUAGUCACGGAUGAAGAGCAGAGGAAUGUGCAUACUGAUCAGUCACUAUUUGGUACUCCCUUCGAACACUCCAAAGUAUUCCCUCGAGGAGUUGCAGAGAAUCAUCAGAAACCUCCAAGACUGCUCAAAAUUACAGAGUAUUGA